UCCACUAGCCUGCUCCUGUCUCCCGCGCGCACACACGCAGAACUGUCCCACCACAGGCAGGCACGCGCGUCUUGUGCUCUCUGCUGUCGUUUUUCUGACGGGGACAGAGUGACACGAUGUCCACGCAGCGGGAAAAGACCGCGCGCAGUCGACGACGGACAAGAACCGGAUGCAAUUACUUUCGAGAUGAGCUCUGACACUCAUUGAUCCUUUCAGUAUCUACUUUAGGAAUUGUGCCGUUAGUUUUACUUUUGUUCAAUUGACUCUGACACCGGCGUUUCAGUUCCACGGAUUGAUAAAAAAAAAAUAAAUAAACAGCAUCUCUGGAAUAGCUUACAUGGAGCCAGAAGAAGGCAAAGUCUCUGUGUGGGUCUGCCGGGAAGAGAAGCUGGUCUCAGGGCUGACUAAGAGGACCACAUGCACCGAUGUGGUCCAAGUCCUGCUGGAGGACCAGAACCUGCGGCAAGGUGCCUCAGCUGGAAUGCUCUCAGGACCCCCUCAGUCCUAUUGCAUGGUGGAGAAAUGGAGGGGCUUUGAGAGGAUUUUACCCAACAAGACCAAAAUCCUCCGACUAUGGAGCGCCUGGGGGGACGAGCAGGAGAACGUCCGCUUCGUCCAGGUCAAGACUGAUGCGUCACUUCCCAACAAUGGGCCUCGGAGUGCUGAGGCCCGUGUGGUCCAACGUCGGGAGAAUUGGGGUCCCGGUGGAGUGAUCAGGGCCCCCGUUAGGACCUGCUGGCCCGCCACAGCCAACAACUUGUCGCAGGAGCGGCAGAGGCGCAUUGUGAGGAAGGCCUUCCGGAAGCUGGACAGGAUGAACAAAAAGAAAGAGCAAGCGCUCGGUAAAGAUAAGAGCUCCGCGGAGAAGAUGGAAACUUUGGUCCAUUUGGUGCUUUCGCAGGAUCACACCAUCCGCCAGCAGAUCCAGAGACUCGAGGAGCUGGAUAAGGAGAUUGAGAGCUACGAGUCCAAGGUGCACUUUGAGCGCAUGAAGAGACACGGGGUCAACUAUGUGCAGGACGCCUACUUGGAGGACUCCUCUGCCUUCCCGGAGGACCGUACGCACAAAAUCGCUCCAGAAGCGCUGGCCCAGUUCGAGGAGUACGCGCGGCAGUGCGAGGAGGUGGUGCGGCUGCAGGAGGAGUUGACGGCACGAGAGGCGCUCAUGGAGAGCAUCACUGCGGAGAUCCAAGAGGAGCUCAACAUUCGGUGGAUGAAGCGACGACGGGAGGAGAGAGAAGAUGAGAAAAUGUCGGAAAUGUGCCUGUCUGCUCCCCCCGUGCUGGAGUGCGUGUCUGGAGAGGAGGUGGUGUUGGAGGAGGAAAGGAUCAAAACGCAGCUGAACACCAGCCUCUACAUAGGCCUGAGACUCAAGACAGACCUGGACGGCAUUCGGGGAGACUUGAACCUGAGUCUUGCACUCCUGGAGAGCAAGGAGACUGAAAUGCUGGACCUACUGGCCAAAGUGGAAACUAUGGAAAUAGAUCAGGUGGACAGCAAACUGGAUGAUGACGAUAAUGAUGCUGAGGAUGAUGAUGACGACGACGACGACGAUACAAAGGCAGAUGAAGGCGCAGUGAUGCCAGUGGAGAAGAGCGGCAUUUGGGUGGAGCAGGCUCGAGGUCUGUCAAAGACCUGCAACACCAACGACGAGGACUCGGAUACAGGCUUGAGCUCCAUGCACAGUCAGGACUCUGACAACCCUCCUGUGUGUGAAUCUCUGGUCUAAACCAGAUAACAUGGACUAACAAUGCACCUCAAUCCAAAUGCUAUUAGAAUUGCAAAGUCAUACAUUUACUUUUAGUCGAGUAAGCGAACGUUUGGUUUGAAAGGCCAUGGCUGACUUGUGACCACGGAGUGAGUUCAUAGAGUGCCACUUCUUGGGCUAUUUUAUCAACUCUGUAAAAGUACGCCACAUAGGCAUGCCAAUAUAAUAUAUCAAAUCACAGGUGUCAAACUCAAGGUCUGCCAAAUCAUUUCAUGUACAACAAAAGCAAAUUAUGUUGCGUCCACUCCAUAUUUCUUGAAUUCACUUUAACGUUGAAAUAUUCCAAACAUGUUUUUUUUUUUUUUUUUUUGUCUCCAAGCCGCUUUUUAAAACAAAUCCAACAAUUUCCUCAGCUUUCUUCUGAGUUCUGGUUCCAAAACGAGUCACCAUCAAUUUGCUGUGGAUGUAAGGAGUAAAUCACUCAAUUCUACCUCGGCCUAUAUGUGGCUUCACAGUCACAACGUAACUCUCUGAGAAACCAAAAUUGCAACGUGGGCCUCACAAAAAUGAGUUUGACACACUGUCUUAAAUGAAGUAAGGACUAACUUGGUACAAGAAAAAAAAG